AUGUCCCUGCUGAAAGACUCCGAGCUGGAGGAACUCCACAGGAAGAUAAUCGACGGGACUAUCGAGAAGUGCAGUCAGUUCUACAACACACGCAUAUUGGAAGCUAUAAAAAUAAGGUGGUUGAAAAUAUAUGAGAGGAAGCUGCAAGUUACGGAGAAGGGUUCCGACCAGCCGGGCGUGCCGCAGCAGCAGGGCGCGCCCAACCUCACCGACACCUUUGAGGACGACGAAUUUGAAGACGCCGAAGUUGAGGAGAAAGAAAUAGUCCAGUUGGAGGAGCACGUCCAGGAUGACGAGGCGGACGAACUGAAGGAGCUAGACGACAUCUCCAUAAGUGACCUGAGCGACGUGGACCCCCCGACAUCCAACGUGAUCGUUGGCAUUUGCGACAAGAUAACGAAGCCGUGUGGGCGCAGAAACGCAAGUAGCAACUGGAAGAUAAAGCUCAAGGGAGGACUGAUGAAGCGGCUAACCGUUUUGCUUCCCCUCCCCGAUGGCGUCGUCCCCUCGGCGCGCCCGGCUAAUGGCCAAGGCUACCAAAUCUAUAUGGUUCGCUCAAAUGAGACCAUUGUAGGCGGCGAUGUCGACUCCCUCUGCCUAGCCCUAUACCUGUCCAAAAAUAAACACCAUGUCAAACUGCUAAGCGUUAAGACGAAAUGCAGCCUCAUUGACACGGCGUACUCGAAGCACAACGUAUUCGAAGUGGGGAGGCACUAUACCUUCCCCCUGGGUGGAUCCACUUCUCGUUUUAAUGAACUGCUUCGAUGGGUGACUGUAGAGGAUGAAACCGUAACCCUAGCCGUAGCCCUAACCGUAGCCCUAACUGUAACCCUGACCGUAACCCUAACUGUAACCCUAACCCUGAGGACGAACGAAUGGAUUCCUUCUUAUCGAAACGCUUCGACGCUAACUUAUUCGAAAGUCUCCCACUUCUCCGAGUUUAUGGACCUCCUGGAGGAGGAGAAGUCUCUCAUCAAGGCCCUGCGCGCAACCGCCAAAAAAGAUGGCUCUUCCAUCUUUGCCAAAGAAAAAAAGAUCGGAAAAUUCGGGAAGGGAAACGUCACCUUGGUGAGCAAACUGCGGGACCACCUAGAAUUAUGCAGCAACGUCCAAGUGAUAACUCCGAGGGGAGACCUACAAAUUAGGUGCAUGCGCCGCGGGGUGAAGGUGCGUCUUGGAAGGAAGUCCAUCAAAUGCGAACAAAUAAUUUUCUGUUUGAGUCCACCCGAACUGAAAGCCCUUCUGCGGAACGUUAUCUUCGAGGAGAAGAAAAAAGCCGCGCUCGUGAAAAAAGGCGCGAUCCAGAAAAAAGACGCGCACGUGAAAAAAUACUUGUCGAAAUUCCGCUCCCACGCGGUUAGAAUUUCCAACGUUUGCUUUGCCAAGAAUGCGUUGCCCUUCUCGCACUCGUUGGAAUCCCUCCUCUUGUUCAAACGGAACAAACAGAACAAGCUGAUCUCUCUGUUGUACGACCGCAAUAUAUUUCCCACCCAGUGUGAUGGGCCUAGUGGACUCGAGGAGGACCAUCCAGGAGAACCCUCGCCGGAGGGGGGCCUCUACGAGACGAGCCUGCGAUUCAUGAGCAGAGAAACGGAUGAACGCAAAUCGGUGGAGGAAAUAAAUGGUUUCCUUCGAGGCGUCCUGGGUGUGCAGGAGAAACCCGACUUGUUCAUCAGCCACGUCCACCACGUCUUCCCCUUCGACGCGCGCGCCGACCGGACGUACAAAAAGAUAAUUAGCAGAAAGUGCCAACGGGUACGGCUCUUUUGGACAUUCUACUUUUUUAGAAACUUCGAGUUUUGCCUGCAGGAGGCCAAGCGGUUUAGCGACGCGGUGUAG